AGCAAGUGUGUGAUGUGUUUGUGUAUCCUCAGUGUUUUUCUCUCUUGCGUGUUUCAUUGAGUGUAAACAGAGUCUUGUCUCUGUGUAUUUUAGUGUUGUGACGAUGCAGGACACUACAGUGUGUGACAGUAAACAGAGCUUACAUGAGGAUCAAACCUCCACAGAGUCUCUGGAUUCUGUCUGUAACGCUGGAGAACAGCAGCAGAUCCUGCAGACCAAACUGAAGAUGUGUUCAGUUAAACUCAUCGACUGCACGAACCUCAUGAUGAAGAUUAAAACUGAACCCACAGAAAUCAAAACUGAACCCACAGAAAUCAAAACUGAACCCACAGAAGAGGAAGAUCGCACUGAGGAAGAUGAUGAUUUUAUUCCAUCAGAUGUGAAGAGUGAUUCAUGUCUGGAUAUAGAAAUAACGUCCUCAACAUCAAAAGAGCGACUGACAGCACAAACUCUUUCCUGCAUCACCUGUGGAAAGACAUUCAGCUCACAGAGACUUUUAGAGAGACAUGAGAGAAAACACACAGAACAGAAACUCUUCACCAGAUCUGAGAUCAGCUUUACUACCUCACAAGAGAAGAAAAUUCAUUCAGAAGACCACAGAGUGAAGAAGAAGAAGAAGCAGUUUCACUGUGAGCAGUGUGGGAAGAUUUUUGUCUCUUCCUCUAAUCUAAAUGUUCACAUAAGGACACACAGUGAUGAAAAGCCUUUCAACUGCACUGAAUGUGGAAAAUACUUCAGAACCAAAGACAAUCUUAAAUUUCAUCAGAGAACUCAUACAGGAGAGAAACUUUACGAGUGUCCUCACUGUGAGAAGAGAUUUAGCUGUAAAUAUAGUCUGAAGAGACAUGUGUUUUUACACACCAAUGAGAGACCGUAUCAGUGCAGUCAAUGUGACAAAAGGGAAUCAUGUUCAUUAAAAUCACACCAGAAUAAUCACAUUAAAGAAAAACUCCAUCAGUGUUCACACUGUGAUAAACGUUACGGUCAUAAAUGUCAUCUGAUAAUCCAUGAGAGAGUUCACACUGGAGAGAAACCUUAUCACUGUAGUCUCUGUGGGAAGAGUUUUAGUCGACAUUCAAACUUCCUAAUUCACAAAAGACUUCAUACAGGUGAAAAACCUUUCAAAUGCUCUCAGUGUGACAAGACGUUUGCUCAGUCAGGUUCCUUAAAAUCCCAUCAGAGAGUUCAUACAGGAGAGAAACCUUAUCACUGUAGUGUCUGUGGGAAGAGUUAUAGUCAACAGACUUCAUUACUAAAUCACAAGAGAAUUCAUACAGGUGAAAAACCUUUCAAAUGCUCUCAGUGUGACAACACGUUUGCUCAGUCAGGUUCCUUAAAAGCCCAUCAGAGAGUUCAUACUGGUGAGAAACCUUAAAGCUGAAGGUAUACUAGGGACAUCUGCAUUACAUCAUUUUCGCAACAGCGCAUGCGUGAGAAAAUAUUGAGACAGGACACCCCACUACAAACAAUUACACAAAGGUAAUAGAAAGCAUUUGCACACACACUGUUGUUUUUUCUUCUUUUAUUUUCACUUAUUUCAAGAACAGAAAGCUGUGGAGCAUUUUCGUCACCAUAAUGUUUGACUUCUGAUCUUUUGUUUUCUUCUUGUUUCUUCUAAACUCUGUUUACCAUGGUGGAUCGUCUACUUUCCUUCACCUAUCCUACAUUUUUUUUAUGGCGCUUUUCCGUUGCAUAGUAUCUCACGGUUUGGUUUGGGUCGGGUCAGCUUACUUUUGGGAGCGUUUCCACUGGGUAAGUACGUGGUACCGAUACUUUUUUAGUACCACCUCAGUUGGGGUUCCAAGCGACCCGAACUGAUACUAAACAUGACGCAAAAACACUGUAGAUCACUGAUUGGUCUGAGAGAAUCGUCACUAUCAGCGUCAUUGCUAUAAUCUAAAAGAUUAGCUUUACCUUAGUGCUAGCUUGCGAUGUCUCAUGUGCCAUCUGUGCUCUGCUAUAAGUUCCCAAACUCCCUUUAGCGAUGAAAAACAUCUACAUGUUGAGAAUCAGGAACACAAUACCAGUGUUUUUCAGAUUUGCAGUUUGUAGCGGCACAUUCGUGAAGUCCAUGUAUGCUUAAAUACAACUUAUGAGGCUUGGAUGAUGUCACAGCAGUAGGCAGCGCAAAUAUAACGGCACGCCUAUAAUCCCUACCCCUCUGAAGUGAUACUAACUCGAUGGAAUAGCUAACCAAGCCAAAGUGAAGUAAGGUGACCCGACCUGACUCACAAAUCAGCGUGGCUCUGACGGCCUGGUAGCGUAAUAAUUUGAAUGAGAAAUCAUUUGUGUUGUGUUCAUGCCGAACACAUGUAGCCACGGGGGGUGUGCUUUGAAAGCUGUCGGUUUUCAAUUAUACUUUUGCGUCGUCGUCCGCGUCGAUGUGCAAUCACACGCGCAGACCGCUGGUAGGCAGUAACCACAGUAGCAGCGCAAACGUCAAAGAAGAAGAAACUUAGCAAGUUAAAAACGAAAAAGAAACAGCAACUUGUUGUGUAUAAUUUGAGUAGACCAGCAAUGAUGGAAGGAAAUAAACAACGACUUUCGAUGCAGUUUUUUUACCUGACGGGAGGGUUUCUGGUGGACCAAUCACAGCACUUGCGGUCCGCGUAGAUCUGACGGGCUGUUAGAAUUUUUGCGAGGUGCACACAAGGCUACGCAGAGCUACGCACAGGCUACGGAUAGCCUUUACGCACGACUAUAAAUCGGGCUUAACCUAUGUCAGGCUUAGCUACGUCCAACAUUGAGAAAAAUAUUUAUGUCUGUUGCACCAUUUGAAACUACGACCAGACGUAUGCGUUUAACAGUGAUAUUUAGACGCUGUUCGGGUUUACCAUGGCAAAAAACCACACUAGCAGCGCGACCUUCAGAGAAGAAGCAGCUUGGCAAGUUAACCCACAAACAAAGAAGAAACAGCAACUUGUUGUGUAUAAUUUGAGAAGAGCAGCAGUGAUGGAAGUAAAUAAACAGUGACUUUUGUUGCAGUUUGAAUUGAAUCACUCCUCAACUUGGCUCAUCUUUGUUUUCACCGUCGCAAACGGAAAUACCUAUGAUGCAGUUUUUUUACCUGACGGGAGGGGUUCUGGUGGACCAAUCACAGCGUUUGCGGUCCACGUAGAACUGACGCACUGUUAAAAUGUUUGCCAGAUGCACAUCAGGUUACGCAGAGCUACGCACAGGCUACGGAUAGCCUUUACGCACGACUAUAAAUCGGGCUUAACCUAUGUCAGGCUUAGCUACGUCCAACAUUGAGAAAAAUAUUUAUGUCUGUUGCACCAUUUGAAACUACGACCAGACGUAUGCGUUUAACAGUGAUAUUUAGACGCUGUUCGGGUUUACCAUGGCAAAAAUGUACACUUAAUGCCGCCAGCUAAAAUAGAUGACAUAUGAGAGCUUUCCCCAUGUUUACCAGUGCGCUCUACCUCAAGAUGCGUGCGUGUAGACUUAUCAAACACAUUAUAACAGCUCUAGUUUCAAACUUUUUAAAAAUUUAAUCAAAGCUUUUAAUAAGUUCUCUACAGUGUCUUCGUAAGAAUUUAUGUAUUUUAUUAUAUAAUUUAUUGGCGGUCUCUCUACUAUGCACGAAAGAACAUUGUAUGUGCAUUAGACGCGCCAAUGUCUCGUCACAUUUCAUUUCUAUUUUUGCCACAGAAACAAAGGCGCCAGGGGUUUAGUAACCCUUUCAUAGUAAAAUAAGAACAAAUAAUCAAUUUAUGAGCAAUAUCGCAGAUAAAUUCAACAGAACAAACACACGAAUGAAAUAAAAAGUGCUGUUCAGGUUUUUCAGAUUGAUGUUAAAGUUCUGUAUUUUGGAGGUAAGGUGCCAAGCUGGUAAAGAGUGUAUGUGUCUGGGAGAAAACAUACUGUUCAGAACUAUAUACAAUACUGUUUAUUCAUGUUGUUUUUCAUAUUUUAUUUAUACAUUUAUAAUUUUUUUAUUGUUUAUAAACUCUUUUGUUUUGUGUCAAACUUGUUUAUUUUAUAUAUUGUGUGCUAUGUGAUUUCACAAAUUGGUUUUACAGUUUUAAUGUCAUGGGACCACAAUGUCAUUAAUUGUUCAUUAACUUUGCUUAGUAUAGAAACACACUGUGAAAGGAACUGUUCAGAUUAUUCAGUAAAUUCUUUGUUCAUUUUUACUAUUAUUAUGUCUCCUGACUUCUGCUAUAGGCCUAUUCUCUGGGCUGAUAUUAAAGUUUACAUAAUUAUUCAGUA